CGAGGAGGAAGCACCGAAGACCUGAACACUCGCAAGCCGGCAGGUAGGGUGGUGCGUUAGAGUUCAGCCUUGCCAGCCUCUUGUUGCAGUUCAACCUGAUCGAAGGGACGCGUAGUCUGAUCCUCAACGCAGCACUGACCUAUGCGUAACGUUCGCAGGACAGCUCUGAUGUCCUUCCUGCAAAUAUAUGCGAACUUGCAUGUUGCUGCGACACGGAUCGACUGUACUUUCGUAGCUUACAUUGAUCCUGCGAUGCGUAAGUCUAGCACUGGAGCCCGAGGUAGACCCCUCGUGUCACCGUAUACACGAAGGGGGACAUUCGUAGAUGAGACAAUGCAUGUGUGCAAAGCAGACAAAUCCUGUAGAUAUUGGUCGUGAACGAAUUGUA